GUGUUGAGUUGGUAUUACUGUGUAUAUUGACACGCCCGAAUGGUGUUCGCAUUGGUAGUGACAUGUAUGAGUAAAGGUGUGGUGCAUGGUACUAUUAAUUAUUUUGUAAAUUAUAUUUCCUACUGAAAGGAAUUUAUUCAAACAUGGCUGGAAGAUUACCUGCCUGUGUAAUUGAUGUGGGAACUGGAUAUACAAAGCUUGGAUUUGCAGCAAACAAGGAACCUCAGUUUAUCAUCCCAUCUGCAAUUGCCAUCAAAGAGUUUGCAAAAGUUGGAGAUCAAGCAAUACGUAGAUUGACUAAAGGUGUUGAAGACCUGGAUUUUUUCAUAGGAGAUGAGGCAUUUGAUGCUACGGGUUAUGCUGUAAAAUACCCUGUGCGACAUGGUUUGGUUGAAGAUUGGGACCUUAUGGAGAGGUUUCUUGAGCAGUGCAUAUUUAAGUAUCUUCGUGCAGAGCCAGAGGAUCACUAUUUCUUGCUUACAGAGCCACCUCUCAACACGCCAGAGAACCGUGAAUACACUGCAGAGAUAAUGUUUGAAUCAUUCAACGUUCCUGGCUUGUAUAUUGCUGUCCAGGCUGUCCUGGCAUUGGCUGCGUCCUGGGCAUCACGAUCAGUCGGCGAACGCACUCUUACUGGAAUAGUAGUUGACAGUGGAGAUGGAGUUACUCAUGUUAUUCCUGUUGCAGAUGGUUAUGUGAUUGGCAGUUGCAUCAAACAUAUUCCGAUAGCAGGCCGUAACAUAACUUACUUCAUCCAGUCACUUCUAAGAGAACGAGAAAUUGGUAUUCCUCCAGAGCAGUCCCUGGAAACAGCGAAAGCUAUAAAGGAAAGGUUUUGUUACAUAUGUCCAGAUAUUGCAAAAGAAUUUGCAAAGUAUGAUUCUGAUUCUUCAAAGUGGAUGAAGAAAUUUGAUGGUGUUAACUCUGUCACGAAGACACCAUUUGUAGUGGAUGUUGGUUAUGAACGAUUUUUGGGACCAGAAAUUUUUUUUCAUCCUGAGUUCUCAAAUCCAGAUUUCACUACUCCAAUAUCAGAGAUUGUGGAUACAGUGAUACAGAAUUGUCCAAUUGACGUUAGGAGGCCGCUGUACAACAACAUUGUACUGUCAGGUGGAUCUACAAUGUUCAGGGAUUUUGGACGGCGCCUCCAGAGAGAUAUCAAAAGAACAGUAGAUGCACGUCUGCGGCUUAGUGAGACUUUGAGUGGUGGUAGAAUCAAGCCAAAACCUAUUGAGGUCCAGGUCAUCUCUCAUCACAUGCAGCGAUAUGCUGUGUGGUUUGGAGGCAGCAUGCUUGCAUCCACGCCUGAAUUUUACCAGGUGUGUCACACAAAAGCGGCUUAUGAAGAGUAUGGUCCCAGUAUAUGUCGGCACAAUCCAGUAUUUGGAACCAUGACAUAAAUGUGAGCUGAAUAUCAAAAACAAGACAAAUUGCUGAUGACAGUUUAUUGCAGUUAAAUUAUUUGUUAUUGAAAUAAAAAGUAAAACAAAUGGUACAACUACCAUUUUAAAGCAGUAUGAUAGCUGUUAUCAGUAAUGAUGUAAUGAUAAGUCAUCUCUUAUAUGGUAUGGUGGGUUGCAUUAAAAGUGUUGCAACAUUCUUAACAAUGAGUAAUAAAAGGACAAAUAAGAUUAAAUUACAAUUGAGAGGUAAUCUUUGCAAAUUAAAAUGUAUGAUGAUAAAAUGGAGGUUAUACAAUGGAGUGAAAACCACUUUAAAUUAGAUGCAUUUACUGGUGUUUGCUGUAAGUGGCAAAAGGUGCUGUUAUUCCUGACAAUUAUGAGUACCUUAUUUAUGGUUAUAUACUUCACACUAAGCUGGAGAACCAUUCCUUGUUGGUAUCCAGGGAGAUCACUAUAAUAUACAUUGAUGAAUAUUUAAUUAAAAUAGUAGUCAGUAUAUUGUGGUGCUAUCAGUCCUCGCACUAGCUACAUUAUGUUAGGGAUGUGCAAGUUUUCUUCCAUAUGUUACAAAAGUUUUUUUAAAAUAUGCCUAUCUUUUAUGCAGUUGUACUCUGUCCUUUACACAAAAUUUGUCAGAACAUGUGAAUAAACUGGACUUCUACAGGGAAGAAAAUAUGAGGAUAUGUUCACAAGACUGCAUUAAAAAUGUACAUAAUGCUUCAGGUAACAAUCAUUUUAUAAAUUCUCUAUCAUGAUGGAAUGGGAACUCCAUAAUAGUGAGAUACCUAAUAAAUGUGUAUCUUCAAGUAUUCUUAAUUGUACUGAAAUGCAAAGUAACAAGUUUUUAACAGAAUAAAACAUUUAAGGAAAAAUGUAUUUCUUUAAAUAUGUAAAUUUUCUUCAUAUGUGAGGAAAAUGUAUGGUCUUUACCACAUAGUGAAGGGUUUUUUAACCUAUCUUAAGACAGUAUUAUGAUUUUCUCCUGAAUUCUGGUAAUAAGACAUAAAAUGCAUACUUUGUU